AAAUUUUAUUGGACGUUUACAAAAGCAGAAGUGUUCGGUGAAAGGACGGUGGUCUUUUUCGUUUUAACAAAAGUAGCCAGUUUGCUAACACAGUUCUUUUCCGUCUUAAAACUUUAACAAAGAACAAAAUGAAUGAAGAAUACGAUGCGAUUGUCUUGGGAACCGGUCUUAAGGAGUGCAUUUUGAGUGGUAUGCUUUCUGUGUCUGGAAAGAAAGUAUUGCAUAUCGACCGAAACAAGUACUACGGUGGUGAAUCGGCUUCUAUAACGCCUUUGGAAGAACUUUUCCAACGUUUUAAUAUCGAGGUCCCCGGCGAUAAAUAUGGGCGCGGCCGUGAUUGGAACGUGGACUUGAUUCCAAAAUUCUUAAUGGCUAAUGGACAGCUAGUUAAAUUGUUAAUACAUACGGGCGUUACCCGUUACCUCGAAUUUAAGUCCAUCGAGGGUAGUUACGUCUAUAAGGGAGGAAAAAUAGCAAAGGUGCCCGUUGAUCAAAAGGAGGCUUUAGCAUCCGAUUUAAUGGGAAUGUUUGAAAAACGACGCUUUCGUAACUUCUUAAUUUAUGUCCAAGAUUUUAAGGAAGAUGAUCCAAAGACUUGGAAGGAUUUUGAUCCCGUCAAAUCGAAUAUGCAAGCACUGUACGAUAAAUUUGGCUUGGACAAGAAUACACAAGAUUUUACUGGACAUGCUUUGGCAUUAUUCCGGGAUGAUGAAUACUUGAAUGAACCAGCUGUUAAAACCAUUCAACGUAUUAAGUUGUAUUCAGAUUCUUUAGCCAGAUACGGAAAGUCUCCAUAUCUAUAUCCCAUGUAUGGUUUGGGCGAAUUACCACAAGGCUUUGCACGUUUGUCGGCUAUUUAUGGUGGUACCUAUAUGCUCGACAAACCUAUUGACGAAAUUGUUGUUGGUGAGGGAGGCAAAGUUGUUGGGGUGCGUUCAGGCGAAGAAGUUGCUAAGUGCAAACAAGUCUAUUGCGAUCCAAGCUAUGUCCCAGAUAAGGUACGAAAGAAGGGUCAAGUUAUACGUUGCAUUUGUUUAUUGGACCAUCCAAUUGGUAAUACUAAAGAUGCUUUGUCUACACAAAUAAUCAUUCCACAAAAACAAGUUGGUCGCAAAUCAGAUAUUUAUGUUUCUUUAGUUAGCCAUGCUCAUCAAGUGGCUGCUAAAGGCUGGUUUGUCGGCAUGGUCUCUACGACCGUAGAAACCGAACAACCAGAAAAUGAGAUAAAACCAGGUUUGGACCUGUUGGAACCAAUAGCACAAAAAUUCAUUUCGAUCUCUGACUAUUUUGAACCCAUUGACAACGGUGGCGACUCUCAAAUUUUCAUCUCCGAGUCCUACGAUGCUACUACACACUUUGAAACAACUUGCCUGGAUGUUUUGGACAUUUUCAAGCGAGGUACAGGUGAAGAUUUCGAUUUUUCCAAAAUUAAACAUGAGUUGGGUGAUGAAGAUCAGUAAAGCUCUAAAUACGUUCUAUUUCGACACAAUUAACAUCAAAACCAUUUGGCAGUUACCUGGGGGAAUCAAAAUGGCUAAAUACACGUAUAACUGAAACCCAAAUUAAAAUAAUAAAACAAAUUGUAACGAGAAAACAAUAUGCAUACAUAUUAUCAUAAAUUAAAAAUAUAACAUACGCUUUAAAGCAAACAUCAAUAAAAGUGGAGCCGUAAAAAGCUUGAGUAAAUAUUGGAACACAUAAAACAACAGUAAAAUGUUAUUUUUCGUACAUCGCCCAAAAUGAUUUUAUAGAAACACAGCCCCCUGCUUCUUUGAAAUAAACAAAAAGAUCGAUUCUUUAACAAAGUCUUUUAAAUAUAUACAUAUAUCUCAUUGUAUGAAAUGGUUGAUAAAAGAAACCAAUCGAACACAUGAUUAGAAAAUAAAAUCAAUUUAUAUUACUCAAAUUAA